UUGGCUCUCAGCUGUCCAAUAUUGCCCAACAGAAGAGGGGGCGGGGAAGUGGCCAUGCGUACCCUCCUUUGGCUGGCGGGCUUACUACACGCACAAGAAGUCCUAGCUGGAGUCUUUGGGUCCCCAGCCCCUUGUCAUGAUGAGGAAAGCUGCAAGGUUAGAUUAAGCACAUUGACAUCCAAGCUCGAUGAACUGCGGGAUGAAAUGCGAGGCAAGCACUUGACGCUACAAGCACUAGAGGAGAUCCGGGGCGGUAUCCUCUCGGGCCGUCGGGUAGAGCUUCCAUCUGCUCAGCGCCAGCAUCUGGAGCGGGGCAGCCCCAUGAUCAGCGAGGUGACGUUUGAUGCCAGGCAUAGACCAGUUUCCACCAAUGUCACGAGACAUUUUCAGUGGCAGAGGGUGAUUGCCCCAGAACUGCAGGUACGGCAGCAUGCCUUUCUUCACCUGAAGAAAUCUCCGGGUUCAAAGUCCGCAUCUGCCCUAUUGGUUCUGCUGGAUUCAGAGUCGAAGCUCUCCAUCUACUCUCUGGAAAACGAGCCCUUACUUGAUCGCUUCGACCUGGGGCAUGAGGGAAAGAUCAUCCAGCUGGAACUGUCUCCGACACAGGAGAAUCACUUUGUCGUCACGGUGGGCGAAGACAACGGUAUCCGAGUACACAACAUUAAGAUCAUCGCCAAGAAGCAGAAGACCGAUGUGAAAGAUGGUGAGAAGGAAGAGGAGAAGGAGAAAGAGAAGAAGGACAAGGAUGUGAGAACGCUGAACGUUACAGCCAGCCUUGCCACACAAUUUACCUUGUCACAUGGGGAACUGGAAGAGACACGCAAGCUGAAUGUUGUCCUCCCCAUCGAGAGAGGUUCGCAGACCUUCUUCAUCGCUGGUGACUCGCUGGGAGGCGUUUCGGUGUUCUUCCGAAACGGCACGAUGAGAGGUCGAGUACGUGUAACUGAAGACCCAGGAGGUGUCAAGGGCUUGAUCCGGGCACAGGGACAACAACAAGUGCUCUUCUACAGCAGUCACGCCUUUGGUUUCUUUUCGCCAUCUCAAGUGGACCUCCAGUAUCCACCAUGUACUGGCUGGAAUAGUCCGCUCUAUGACCUGGCCAUGGAGCCCGGGUACUCGACAGGGAGGGUGCUCCUGGCUUUGCAAGACGGCGACGUCUUGGUCUACGCGACCACGCGUGGAAAGAGCAAGGCCUGCGAUCUGGCGCUCAAGUUCCCUCAUGUAUCCGUCUUGCCCUUCAACCUACACAGCUUUAGAGGCCAUGUGAUGGCACUCGCAACGCCUUUACCAGACAUGGAGAAGAAGGAUGAGUAUGUCCGAGAGAUCUUUUUCUUCAAUAUGGCUGCCAUGGAGAACGGCUAUGGCUCAGCACCCUCCAGAGCCAUCACUCUCCAGGCAUCCUUCAAGCCCAAGCAGCCGGAAACGCUGGCCAUGCUGGGCCAGCCAGCUGCUGGACCUGGAGGUGCAGGUGAAAAGGCCAAGUCGCAGGUGGCGAUCCGUUUUAAAGAAGAGAAAGGUGUGGAGCUUUACGAUCUCACUCUCAGGACCCCGCCGCCGCCCAAAGCUGCAGCAGACAGCAGCAGCUCAAAUGGCUGGGACAUGUCCAGCCUCCUCAACUGGUUCCCAAAAGUGGGAGUCUUCGGCAUUGCUUUGGUUGGAGUGAUCUUCUGGAACAUCAAGAAGGUCUCGGGCCAAUCCUCCGGGUCUCCGGGUCCGGAGAUGGAUGACUUCGAUGAAGAGUUGUUCAAAGAGAAGCUGCGGGAAAGGCGGGCAAACCAAGCAGAUUUGGACAGGAGGACGAUGCCGAUUGAAAUCGAAGUGAGUAAUGCUUGCACAGCGUGGCGGUCAGCCAAGUUGUAUCCCUCCAAAGAUGAGGACAUUGGAGGAAGUUUGCCACGUACUUUAGCUAGGUUUCACGCUCAGCACAAGGCUGGACAGCGCCGGCACUCAAGCGUAUGCCUCUUGGAGGGUUUAUGAUGCGA